AUGAAGGUCGUCGUGUUUGGAGGCGGUGGCGGUGUGACCAAAGAGUUUACAAGGCUCGCUAGUCCUCUCAACGAGGUCAUUGUUGUGACUCAGGACGAGAGGUACCAAAGCGACAUCCGUGCUCUGGGCGGUUCGCCUCGCGUGCUGGACACUGAGUAUGCAGCGCAGCCUGAAGUGACUGCAUUCCUCGAGUUCAACAAGCCCGAUGCUGUCAUCUGGGCGGUAUCGCCUGGUGGCGGCAGUGGUGGCGCCGGGAACGAGCUGUUGCCGCCGGCUGCGACUGCGACCAAGACAUUCGAGGCCAUUGAGCAAGCAGGGCUACGGCGCGUGCUCCUCAUUUCGACAAUUGACGCUCGCAACACCUCCAAGCCCCAUCCAAGGCAUUACAACGAGGUCUCCAGGUGGACGAGUGACGGGAUAUGGAAGCUCAUCCCCGGAUACAUGGCAGCGAAGAUGGAAACUGAGCAAGCCUUGCAUAGGAGCGGUCUUGACUUCACUCUGCUGCGACCGGGUGUGUUAGUGGACACGCCUGCAAGAGGCGUCGAACUUGGUCUCGUCCAGAUCGCCAAGAAUGGGUACAGGAACGGGGCCCUCGACGUGACGGCGCUCAUCGGUAACAUGAAAACGUGUUCGCGCGCGCUCGUCGGCGAGGUGUUGCUAGCAUGCUUGCAAGAUGCGGGCACAAUCGGGCUUACACUAGGGGUAAUGGACGGGGACAAGGACGUGUUUGACGAGGUACAGCGGUGUGCCCGGGACGGGGUGGACGCAUGGGAGGAAUAG